CCUUCCUCCCCUCCCUGCAGGGCAGGAAGACGUUCCCUGGUGGGGGCUGAAGGAUGACAGCCAUCCUGGAGCGGCUCAGCACGCUGUCCCUCAGCGGGCAGCAGCUCAGCCGGCUGCCCCGGCUGCUGGAGGACGGCUUCCCCAAGAUGCCGUGCACGGUGAAGGAGUGCGAGGUGCCGCAGCUCUUCCGCGAGCCCUACAUCCACGGUGGCUACCGCCCCACCGGCCAGCACUGGCGCUACUACUUCCUCAGCCUCUUCCAGAAGCACAACGAGGUGGUCAACGUGUGGACUCAUCUCCUGGCGGCGCUGGCCGUGCUGCUGAGGUUCAAGACGUUUGUGGAGGCCGAGCAGUUGCCCGUGGAUGCGUGGUCAAUGCCGUUGCUCAUCUUUGUCCUCUCCUCUGUCACCUACCUGACCUGCAGCCUCUUGGCCCACCUGCUGCAGUCCAAGUCGGAGCUGUACCACUACACCUUCUACUUCGUGGACUACGUUGGAGUCAGCAUCUAUCAGUAUGGCAGCGCCCUGGCUCAUUUCUACUACAGCUCUGACCAAGCCUGGUACGACAAGUUCUGGCUUUUCUUCCUGCCAGCAGCAGCUUUCUGUGGCUGGCUGUCCUGUGCCGGCUGCUGCUACGCCAAAUACCGCUACCGACGGCCUUACCCCAUCAUGAGGAAGAUGUGCCAGGUGAUCCCAGCAGGGCUGGCUUUCAUCCUGGAUAUCAGCCCCGUGGCUCACAGGGUGGUUGUGUGCCAUCUGGGGGGCUGUGAGGAAGAUGCUGCUUGGUACCACACGUACCAGAUACUGUUUUUCCUUAUCAGUGCUUAUUUCUUUUCCUGCCCUGUCCCUGAGAAAUAUUUCCCUGGCUCCUGCGAUAUUGUUGGUCACGCUCACCAGAUCUUCCACACCUUCCUGGCCAUCUGCACCCUGUCACAGCUGGAGGCCAUUCUUUUGGAUUACAAGAACAGGCAGGAGAUUUUCCUGAAUAGACACGGGCCUUUCACCGUUUACCUCUCCUGCAUCUCUUUUUUCGGUUUGGUGGCCUGUAGUGCCAUCACAGCUUACAUGCUGCGACGCAGGAUCAAGGCCAGCCUGGCUAAAAAGGACUCCUGAGAGUCACAGAUGUGACAGGCAUGACACCAACCAGAGAAAGUCAAGAGAACGGGGCAUAACAUACUAGAGACAUGACUGUCUUACUUGCCUAACACACCGUGACUAACCAGGACCCUGGAUUCAGAUGGAGGGCUGACACUUCAUGCUGGAUGCAUUUUCACAGCAGGGAUUGCCUUUUGCCAUCCAGGGGGGGACAUGGAGUGUUUUAAGCCAGAACAAGUCACUGAACCAAAGAUGCUGGAAUAGGCAGAGGUUCUUUGUUCAUUCUGGUAGAGCUGUGGGUGAGACCUUGCUGAAGGUCAGGGAGGGCAGCCUGGAGGCUGUGGGACUGUAGAAGGGUGUGCCAGGGCUCACAACACCACCAGGACCACAGCUGGAUGUGAUGACCUCUCUGGGUUUUGCCAUUUCAGUGUGAGAACUGUUCCUAUCAAAGGCAGUAGGAAGGUUUUGGGAAGUCUGUGUUUCUAGGGUUUGGGUGUGAGGGCAUGUGUGGCACCGUGGCUGCUAGAAUCCUUUCACUGUUCCAGCCAGGAUCUCUCUGCACUUCCCUUGUCAAGUGUGUCAAUGCCAGGUCACUUAGAUGGCUUUGGGAAAACAUCUUUGGAGAUCCAGGCUUAACCUGGUGUCCUCUGGGACAAACUGGGUCUGUGUCAUCUGUCUGGAGAGUCUGACCAACAUCUAGUAAUGUCCAUGCAAUGUGGAAUAACUUGGAUGUGAUCUGUUUGAUACAGGAAAGGCUCUGCUCCUCCAACACCACUGCUGUGGUCAUGGCCAAAGGGGUGUGAAGGUGAAGGAGUCUUUAUUCCCUUCUUAAAGGUGCUUUGUGUCCCUGGUGAGCGUUGGGGAAAACUGACCUUGAAGGUGCAGGGUUGCUGUUCUAUGACCAUUGGGGUUGUGACUCUGGCAUGUUUUUAUCAGUAUUAGAUGAAGGUGGAACAGCAAAAGGCAGGAGUAGAGUGACAAUAUUAUGGUCGUGCACAACUUCUGGAUGGGUUUGUCCUUGGGACUUGGUGAUUCCUGUGUGGAGUAACAAAGAUAGUGGUCAGGGUCACUUAAUGUCCACGGGUCACUCCUGUCCAAGGUAACAAAGACUGGAUUACCAUGUCCCCCACUAGAAGAAUCUAUUCUGUGCUUACCUUGGGGGAAUACUGAACAUGGAGCCACCAAGGAGGUUUAAAUCCUUGCUGAAACCAAGGAAUCCAUGGGAUCUAUCCCAGCCACGGAUUUGUCUCACUGAACCCAAGGGCAGGCAAAUGAAUUGUGAUUGCUGGUUCUGAGCAGGCAGAGUGUAGGGUUGGGGAUAUGGUUGGUGAGGACAAGCACUGGUUUCUACACUUCACCUGUGUUUUAGCUCUUGAGGUAUGUGUGUGUUCAUGUUCCAUCUGUGUUAUUCAGAAAGGCUUUGCCUUGGGAUUUUAUAUCUGCAGAGCCUCCUAGUUGGGUUAAGAUUAACCUGAAGGAAACAGUGCAGUCCUGAUGGACAAGGUGAGCAAGGUGGGCCAGACAACAGAUUUGUUAAUAGGUGGUGGAAAACAGACGUGAAAGUAGGUACUUUGCUGGUCAUGUAUUUAGUAGGUAAAUUUGUAACUCAUGGCCCUACAGAAAAUUAAAUGGAAAGGGAGAGGGAAGUAAGUUUGGAAUAUAGGAAAAGAAAUCAUAGGAAAGCCUUCAGGAGGUCAUCAAGUCCACCCUUUCUCAUCAGUCCUGGCCUCAGCUUAGAAAUUAAUUACUUAAUUUUGUAGGGUGUUUUUGAUGGUACAGAUGGUUCAGCCACGCUGACCUAGCAGAAAAUUUGCCUCAGGGGAGAUGGCAAGCAGGGGUGAUCCCACUUGCACCUCAUUGAACCUCUUCCCAUGCACAGAAGCGAGCCAGUGCUGGGAGAGGGACCAUUGGGAAACCAAUCCUACUGAAAAAAUGUCAGUAAUUUUCAGCUGGUUUUAACUCUGAGCCAGCUCACUUGGACAAUGCAGCUGCUGGCAGGGAAGGGCUGGAGUGGAGGCCAGAAGCAGUUCCUCCUUGCAUGGCAGCUGGCUGCUCAACUCACUCAUCUGCACUGCUGGACUGCUCCCUCUGUGGCCUCUGGCUCUGUUUAUGGGUCUCCUCCCAGUUUGAGAAGAGGCUUCCAGUGGGAGCAGCUUUUUCUCACAGCCUGAUUUGCCUUGGUUUUGUGGUAGGUGAGGCAGAACAAGGCACUGGGUGUGGAACUGGCUGGAUGGCGAAAACAGAGGUAAAUCAGCCUGGUCCAGAGCUCAUUUCUGGGAUAAAAUGGAGAUGGAUUUGGCAUGGCUGGUAAUAGCAAACCUGCUCUGCUGCUACCUGGAGUUAUACUGGUACCAAAGGAAGGGAUCACCCAGGUGUCCCCUCCUCUGAGGGUUUGAAAACAGAUGACAUGCCCUGCCCUUGUCAAAGGAGGGUGAGUACAGUAAUUCCAUCUCAUUCAGGGAGAGGAGUCCACAUGGCUCUUCCAAGGUACUUUUGAUCAUAUCUUCUCCUCCCUGGCUGAGCAGAAGUGACAGCAGAAGUGACACUUCUCUGGAGCAGUGGUGUGACAGUGUAGAUGUCUUUGCUCACUCCCACAUCUCCCCUCAGGUGAAGCUGCUCCCAUCUCCACCUGGCCCUGCACUCCCACCUGGAGCCGACCUCCUGGUUAGGAUGAUGGGUGGAGUGAGUAGAAAUCUGAAAUGCAGAUCUGUGCUGCUGUGAGGAUGCGCCCUUGUGUCACAAGGGGCUCACCAACACUGGAGCUUCCUUCAUCCCUGUCUCCAUCCUCCUCUUCCUCCUACCAGCUUCUUUCUUUCCUUCAUCCCCAGACUUCAUCCUUGUGCCUUAUGCACCUGGCUGCCUUCCUGGGCAGAAUCCACAUGCUGCAGUCUGCUGGAUCUCAGCUGGGAAGUGGCUGUGGAAGCUUUGCCAGUGAUCCAGAGGACACCAGGUCUGGAUCUGGAAAAAGCCAAAGUGCUGCUGUGACAAAUGCUCAGCUUGCCUGAACCCCCAGGACCUCCUCCUUGGGCUCACUGCUUGGAGCAGGUCUCCUCCAUAAGGAAGCAUACCUGGGAAGGAUGGACCAGUGGCCAGGCUUGGUGCAGAGCUGACCACCAAAGGCUGAGCUCACCUGAGAUCCCAGAGGGACCCAGGUCACAAUCCUCUCCCUCAGGAAUCUGUGGUCCUGAGGUAGAGUUCCUUCAGAUCUUGCAAACCAGGACAGCUCCUGAGAAUUCAUCCCAAUGUGCCUUGUGCUAUUCCUUUUGGGGAUUAAUCCUGAAGGAACCUGAGGAUCAAGAGCAGCCUCUUUGCUAUCUGCUGGUCCAUGGUUGCUCUUCACAGCCAGUCCUCACUGACAGGAUUUGCUCGCUGUACAGAGCAGGAGGAGAGGAUGGAGACAGGUGCCUUCAAUUUGUAUUUAUGCCUAAUUUGUGUAACGAGGCAAGGACGGGUUCCUCAUGUGCCUUGCAAUUUACAUCUUUUACUGACAAGAUUAUUUUUAAGCAUUGUUUGUUACUAAACAGAAGUACAAAAGAGUUUGUAUUUUUUUUCCUUUGGAAAACAGGGAAGGAUAUGUGUGUUCCUUAUUAACCAUCCCCUUCCCAACUUCCAUCUGCUGACUCUGUAUUGUUGAAAACAUUGACAAUAUUUUAAGCUUUGUACUGUACUGAUCUUUAUUUAAAAACUUCAGUGGAAAAAAAAAAAUCUGUGAAAGCAAAACAAUUGGUGUGGUGUGAAAUUUCCAAAUGCACAGCUACAGAAGGUUAUGAGUCAUUAGAAAGAAAAGGGGAUAAUAAUU